UGGCAUUGGUGGAGAGUGUCACAGUCAGUGAUAGGCUGAAGAGACUGACACUUCUUUAUUCAGUAUAUAAUGCAUCAGGGAAAGUCUGCAGCCUGGGCAAACCUCACUAAGAUCUUACUGAUGAAAAAAGCAUUUGAACAUGAUUCAAGAGAUCACUGGAAACAGGAAUAUUUCCUUCCUACCUGCUGGAUUCUCUGGUAACACAACAUUCCAGACAACAGGCGACUUGAGCUCCACGCAGUCAAACUCCUCUGCAAAUGUGACCUUUGUUCGUCCUGCAACAUUUUUCUUAAGUGGCUUUUCUAAUAUGCCACAUGCAAAAUACUACUAUAUGUUCUUGUCUUUGGUGUAUGUUGUGACUGUUUUAGGGAAUUCAUUUAUCAUGUGUACCAUUUAUUUGGCCCGCAGACUUCACACAGCCAAAUACAUUGUUGUUUUUCAUCUAGCCCUUUCUGAUCUGUGUGGAAGCUCGACUUUGAUUCCAAAAGUCAUAGACAUGUUUUUAUUCGAGCACCAGGAGAUCUCAUAUGAAGCAUGUUUGAUGAAUAUGUUUUUUGUUUUUCAUUUCAUGAAUCUGCAGUCUUUGACACUACUUGCCUUGGCUUAUGACAGACUGAUUGCUAUUUGUUUUCCUCUACGCUAUCAUGCCAUUGUAACCAAAACAGCCAUGUUUCUGAUCAUAGGUGUUAUGUGGACCCUUUCUGUGACUUUUUUUUCUAUACUUGUGAGUUUGAUCACAAGACUGUCUUUUUGUAGCUCAACUGUUGUCAAUAGUUAUUUUUGUGAUCACGGCCCUCUCUAUAGACUAGCUUGUAAUGAUAAUGCCAUAAAUAGUAUCAUGGCAAAUAUUUGCAUUGGCAUCCUGAUUUGCAUACCACUGAUAUUAAUAAUCAUCUCAUAUGUCUGCAUUGCUCUGGCUUUGGUUAAGAUUGCUAAUGGUGCUGAACGGAUUAAAGCCAUGAAAACCUGCACCUCACAUCUCAUGUUGGUGGCGAUUUUUUAUGUCCCACUUUUAGGUACUAAUACUGCAGCUUUAACCACAUUCAUCCAUCCAAACGCACGGAUAAUUAACAAUUCCUUAACUCAGACUAUACCACCCAUGCUGAAUCCCAUCAUAUACACUCUAAAGACAGAGGAGGUCAUGCAAUCUAUAAAACAACUGUACAAACGAAGCAAGGUGAAUAUACUACAGAAAUAAAGGUUAAAUGCAAGGAGUGAUAAAUAUCUCCUGGUAAUUGAUUUUGUUAAUUUGCAUGAAUGAAUCUGUACUUGUGUUGACUAUGAAUAUCUGGUUAGAUAUAUUGUAUGAUGAAAGCAUUCAACAUAUAUUUAAUUGACCAGAAUUGACUGAACUGUGUGUAAAAAUAAUCUCACAGCCUUCUCAUAUGUGAUAAAAAUAAAUUACUCAAAAUAUUUAUGAAGUCACAGAAUUUAGAAUUUGUGUUUUAAGCAGGCCAAAAACUUAAUAAAAUCACUUCAAAUGUUUGUUUGUU